GAGGAAGGCGCCGCAGUCUCCGGGCCUCGCCGCCCCGCUUGAGUGUCCUCGGCACCGAGGGCUCGCGGGUCCUGAGGGGAGGAGGCGAGCCAGGGGCCGGGCACUGAGCUCUUUGGCGCCCCCACCCCCGUUUUCGGAGCCCUCCACGCUGCGGCCACUGUCCCCUCCGGACCAUGGCCGACGACGACGUGCUGUUCGAGGAUGUGUACGAGCUGUGCGAGGUGAUCGGCAAGGGUCCCUUCAGUGUUGUACGACGAUGCAUCAACAGAGAAACUGGGCAACAAUUUGCUGUAAAAAUUGUUGAUGUAGCCAAGUUCACAUCAAGUCCAGGGUUAAGUACAGAAGAUCUAAAGCGGGAAGCCAGUAUCUGUCAUAUGCUGAAACAUCCCCACAUUGUAGAAUUAUUGGAGACAUAUAGCUCAGAUGGAAUGCUUUACAUGGUUUUUGAAUUUAUGGAUGGAGCAGAUCUGUGUUUUGAAAUCGUAAAACGAGCUGAUGCUGGUUUCGUAUACAGUGAAGCUGUCGCCAGUCAUUACAUGAGACAGAUACUGGAAGCUCUACGCUAUUGUCAUGAUAAUAACAUAAUUCACAGGGAUGUGAAGCCCCACUGUGUUCUCCUUGCCUCAAAGGAAAAUUCGGCACCUGUUAAACUUGGGGGCUUUGGGGUAGCUAUUCAAUUAGGGGAGUCUGGACUUGUAGCUGGAGGGCGCGUUGGAACACCUCAUUUUAUGGCCCCAGAAGUUGUCAAGAGAGAGCCUUAUGGAAAACCUGUAGAUGUCUGGGGUUGUGGCGUGAUCCUUUUUAUCCUGCUAAGCGGUUGUUUGCCUUUUUAUGGAACCAAGGAAAGACUGUUUGAAGGCAUUAUUAAAGGAAAAUAUAAGAUGAAUCCAAGGCAGUGGAGCCAUAUCUCUGAAAGUGCCAAAGACCUCGUACGCCGAAUGCUGAUGCUGGAUCCCGCCGAGAGGAUCACCGUUUAUGAAGCACUGAAUCACCCAUGGCUUAAGGAGCGGGAUCGUUAUGCCUACAAGAUUCAUCUUCCAGAAACAGUAGAGCAACUGAGGAAAUUCAAUGCACGGAGGAAACUAAAGGAGCAGUGUCACAGGUGCUGGACAGCCUGGAAGAGAUUCAUGCACUUACAGACUGCAGUGAAAAGGACUUAGAUUUUCUACACAGUGUUUUCCAGGAUCAGCAUCUUCACACACUACUAGAUCUGUAUGACAAAAUUAACACAAAGUCUUCACCGCAAAUCAGGAAUCCUCCGAGUGAUGCAGUACAGAGAGCCAAAGAGGUAUUGGAAGAAAUUUCAUGUUACCCUGAGAAUAACGAUGCAAAGGAACUAAAGCGUAUUUUAACACAACCUCAUUUCAUGGCCUUACUUCAGACUCACGAUGUAGUGGCUCAUGAAGUUUACAGUGAUGAAGCAUUGAGGGUUACACCGCCUCCCACUUCUCCCUAUUUAAAUGGUGAUUCUCCAGAAAGUGCAAACGGAGACAUGGAUAUGGAGAACGUGACCAGAGUUCGCCUGGUCCAGUUCCAAAAGAACACAGAUGAACCAAUGGGAAUCACUUUAAAAAUGAAUGAACUAAAUCACUGUAUCGUUGCAAGAAUCAUGCAUGGGGGCAUGAUUCACAGGCAAGGUACACUUCAUGUCGGAGAUGAAAUUCGAGAAAUCAAUGGCAUCAGUGUAGCCAACCAAACAGUGGAACAGCUGCAAAAAAUGCUUCGGGAAAUGCGGGGGAGUAUCACCUUCAAGAUCGUGCCAAGUUACCGCACUCAGUCAUCGUCCUGUGAGAGAGAUUCCCCCUCCACUUCCAGACAGUCCCCAGCUAAUGGUCAUAGCAGCACUAACAAUUCUGUUUCGGACUUGCCAUCAACUACCCAACCAAAAGGACGACAGAUCUAUGUAAGAGCACAAUUUGAAUAUGAUCCAGCUAAGGAUGACCUCAUCCCCUGCAAAGAAGCUGGCAUUCGAUUCAGAGUUGGUGACAUUAUCCAGAUUAUUAGUAAGGACGAUCACAAUUGGUGGCAGGGUAAACUGGAAAACUCCAAAAAUGGAACGGCAGGUCUCAUUCCUUCUCCAGAACUUCAGGAAUGGCGAGUUGCUUGCAUUGCCAUGGAGAAGACCAAACAGGAGCAGCAGGCCAGCUGCACUUGGUUUGGCAAGAAAAAGAAGCAGUACAAAGAUAAAUAUUUGGCAAAGCACAAUGCAGUGUUUGAUCAAUUAGAUCUUGUUACAUAUGAAGAAGUAGUAAAACUGCCAGCAUUCAAAAGGAAAACACUAGUCCUGUUAGGUGCGCAUGGUGUUGGGAGAAGACACAUAAAGAACACCCUCAUCACAAAGCACCCAGACCGGUUUGCAUACCCUAUUCCACAUACAACCAGACCUCCAAAGAAAGAUGAAGAAAACGGAAAGAAUUAUUACUUUGUAUCUCAUGACCAAAUGAUGCAAGACAUCUCUAAUAACGAGUACCUGGAGUACGGCAGCCAUGAGGAUGCGAUGUACGGGACAAAACUGGAGACCAUCCGCAAGAUCCACGAGCAAGGUCUGAUUGCAAUACUGGACGUGGAGCCUCAGGCACUGAAGGUCCUGAGAACAGCGGAGUUUGCUCCUUUUGUUGUUUUUAUUGCCGCACCAACUAUCACUCCAGGUUUGAAUGAGGAUGAAUCUCUUCAGCGUCUGCAGAAGGAGUCUGACAUCUUACAGAGAACAUACGCACACUACUUCGAUCUCACAAUUAUCAACAAUGAAAUCGACGAGACAAUCAGACAUUUGGAGGAAGCCGUGGAGCACGUGUGCACAGCCCCGCAGUGGGUCCCCGUCUCCUGGGUCUAUUAGGCCCCCUCUCCCAGAUAUCCUCUGCAUAACUGGGAGCACCUCACACGUGGAAAAGCCUCUUUGUUAUCGGCCUUGUGUCAGCAGGUCGUGGUCCCUAGAGACUACCUAGUUGUAGUGUGACCUACAUUUAUAAUUAUUGUCAUGUCCGAAUAGAUAGGAGGAGAAAAACAAUUACACACUAAUUUAAAGAGACAGUAUCUUUUUUAAUCAGUUCUCCUAAACUUUAAUAAAAUGUAUCUUUAAAUGUAUGUAUUAUUCAAUCCUUUGGAAUGUUAUAUUUUUGGAAAUCAUAGCUUUUUAUUUCCAAGGCCCCUAAAAACUGCACAAAAUAGAUGCUGCUUUCUAUAAUCUAUUUUAAUAAUAAUAAACAAUGAUUCUGUUACCUUGACUGGGGUUGGAACACUACAUUCUUUUUAGAGUCUGAUUUUAUGGAUUGGAAUAUCUUUCUUUCCUUUAUUUAUUUGAAAUAAUCAGUCUAGUGAUUACAAAACUCAUGAAUUUUUAAAGGCCUUUUUUUCCUCUUUUUUUUUAGAAUAGUAUUUUUUUUAAGUCCUUUAUGUAACAUCCAGAUAAUGUGAUACUGUCUCUUUGAAGCACCCUGUAAACCUUUUAGAGAUUUGAAGUUGGGUCUUGACUCUUAAUGCAUGUGGACAGUCGCGAGCGUUAUGCUGUCGGUGUGUCUGUGUUGGACAAAACAAUCUGUAAUCUACAACAAAGUACAUUCCGUUCACGGGGCACACCCAGGGGAAUAAGAAUAAAAUGCUAUUAUGACUAAGUUGUAAACCUAUGCACAUCCCUUGCAUUUCGGGCAACUUUAUAAAAAAAAAACAAACAAAAGAAACUGAUUUUUAUUAAUAAUAACCAUGUAGUGAAAUGUGUUUGUAAUUUUGUCUCAAUUUAAUUUGUUGUAAGGUGGGAGGGGGAAUUGCUGGUUUCACCAUUUCAGAUCUGUGUUGUCUGAGAGUAUUAACAUUUUAAUUAAGCAAAGAAAUGAGGAUUUUUAAUAUGUAUGUAAUUGUUUUAAAGCACCCAUUUUAAGAGAAUAUACUGUGCAAUGAAGAAACCAGUUUAGGCAUUUGCUAUAAACUGAAUUAUUCCAAAAGAAUAAUCUAUAACAGCCCUGUAAAUUCCUUUAAAAUGAUAACAGGACAGUUUGACCAAUUUUUUUUUAAAUAUACUUCCUUUUAUGUGUUCAAUAA